AUGUCUCUUGUUAGCUACCUUUUUGGCAAGAGGAGGCAGCUUCGUAACAUCUCUUUAUACCUAUUCAACUUCAUUUGGAAUGCCCCUAUCCUAGUGUUGGCUGCUUUACUUUUCCUGUAUAUUUUCGCAUCAUCGAUAUACUCCUACAACUUUCUAAAUUCCGCCCUAAAUAAAAACUCUCUGUCGUUGGAUAACCUCCCUCAGGGCUACGUGAAGGCGCUCGAGGACGCUAUCAGCAAAAAUCAGCCGACUUAUAAUGUCACCAUCCUGAAAGAUGAUUUAGCCACGCCCAUACCACGUAUCAUCCAUCGAACCUACAGCUCCCCCGAGUUCCCAGAAAUCUGGCAAACCGCCUUUAACUCUUGCCAGGUUCUGCUCCCAGAAUAUAAGCACUACUUCUGGACAGACCAGAAAGCGCGCGACUUUAUUGAAACAAAUUUCAAAUGGUUUUUGGCGACAUAUGAUGGGUAUAGAUACAACAUUCAGCGGGUGGACGCUCUUCGAUAUUUCCUCCUCUGGCACUAUGGGGGGAUAUACAUGGAUAUGGACAUUGGGUGUCGCCGCGAUAUUCGUCCAUUGCUAGACUUCCCAGCGUGGGUACCGCGAACAUGGCCCUAUGGUGUGAGCAACGACUUGAUGGCAAGCUCACCUGGCCAUCCGCUGAUGAUAAAGGCUGCAUUAAGCCUUCAUGAUCACAACCAGUGGUAUAUCAGUAAGUAUAUAACGGUAUUCUUUACCACUGGCCCGAUGUUCUUGAGUGGUAUUAUCGCAUCGUGGUUCCAUAUAUUGAAAACAGACGGAAAGGACGAUUUUGCAACCUUCAAAGGACCGCACGGUCUUGCCAUAUUACCAUCGCGAUUAUACGACACAACGGAAUACACUUUCUUUUCGCAUUUCCCAGGAUCAACAUGGCAUGGGAAUGACGUGGCUGUCCUUUCAUGGCUCUAUCACUACCUGUGGAUGUUUUUUCUAGCAGGAUUUGCCCUGAUGAUCAUGUCGGUAGUUCUUGGUCCAACGAGACGUUCAAAGAGACGUAUGCCUCGCUUUAUGACGAAGCAUGAACUGGUGUGA